AUGGAUGACAACGAGGUAUUCACCGAUUGCGCUCCCGAAGACCAGCCCUUGCAUUUUCGAAUACCCUAUUGUAAAGAAGAAGAUAGGAUUCUCAGUCUUCUAAACUGGCCAGGCAAACUUCUUAUCAAUCCCAUACCUCUAGCUAUCAGCGGGUUUUACAGGGACCAAGAGGCGUCAAAUACAGACGACGCGGUCCUUUGCUUUAACUGUCGGGUCAGUCUUAGAAACUGGGACCCGUUGAGAGAUGCGGCGGAUGUGGAACACGAGCGCCACAGUCCGCAAUGUACCAUGAAUAGCGUUGCAAAGAGACUCAAGAACCCGCUAAAUGUACCACUGACACCUGAAAAGCGACACGAAUUAGUGCAGCUGUUUGUCCCAUUUGAAAAAAACUACACACCCAGUACAGUGAAAACACUGUUGAACAUAGGUUUUGAUGAGGUGGACCAGGCUCCAUGGCCUAAGCCUUAUACUCUUUUCUGA